AUGUCUCUCCAGCGCAAGACCAUCCUAGUUAUGGGUGCCACCGGCAAGCAGGGCGGUGCUCUCAUCCAGCACCUUCUCGCCGCCCACGACACCCCCGCUUUCGACAUCAUUGCCGUGACACGCGACAUCCGCAGCCCCCGUGCUCUGAAACUCGGCGCGCACUUCAACAUCUCGGUCGUGAGCGGCGAUAUGGACGAACCCGAGACUAUUUUCCAAAAGAUCGGGCAGGUGUGGGGUGUCUACAGCGUACAGGUGAACUCGGACAACGAAGAGGCGCAAGGUACGGCACUGGUCGACGCGGCCGUGGCCCACGGCGUGCGCCACUUUGUCUACUCGUCGGGCGACCGGGGUGGCCCCGAGAAGUCGCCCACCACCCCUACCACCGUCAAGAACUUCGCUGCCAAGUAUCGCAUCGAAAAGCACCUGGAGGACAAGGCUGCGGCCAGCGUCCAGAAUAUGACAUACACCAUCCUGCGGCCAGUGACCUUCUUCGAGAAUCUUACGGCCGACAUACACGGCAAGGGCUUCGCGCGCAUGUGGGAGCAGAUGGGAGACAAGAAGCUGCAGUUCAUAUCGACCCGGGACAUCGGCUGGUUUGCGGCCAAUAGCUUUAUGCGUUCCGACGAGUAUCGCAACGUCGCUAUAACGUUGGCAGGCGAUGAGCUGACCCAGCCGGAGGCCGAUGUCUUGUUUAGAGCGGCUGUGGGGUCUGCCAUGCCCUUGGCCCCCUGCCCCGUCGCUUCUGCAGUUAAGUUUUUUUUGAAGGGUACUGUGGGCGACAUGUUUCGCUGGUUCGAGAAGGAAGGCUACGGGGGUGAUGUGGCCUCGUGCCGCCAGUUAUACCCCGAGCUGAAGGAUUUCAAGGACUGGAUCGAGGAGAAUAAAGGGCAGUGGGACUAG